AUGUGGCGGAAACUACGCUACCCCGGGGCGAUCUUCCUCCUGUUGGUGCUGCAGCUGGGCAAGUCAGUCGACUCCAAGGCCGUGGCUGCGAUAUCGCCCUCCGAUAUCCCGCACAUCCAGCCGAGUGUUCCGGUACUGCCCAUUCACCAGUGCAAUCCAUCAAAUCUGACCAUCUACAUGGAAAAAGCAGCUGCUACAAAACGUCUUAUUGAUAAAUUGAAAAUAAAACUCUGCACGACUGAUUAUGUUCUUCUUCGAUUCGUCAUUACGGUAAAAUUCGUCAUUUUCUGUCAAACAAAAAUUUUCUUUUUUUUCUUGUUACAGUUUCAAACUCGUUCGCCGCUCGAUUUACGCCCACAGCUUUCCGCUUCUCAGCAAACGCAAAUCCUCAGCGACGUACAGCAGCAUCAGCAAUACAGCUUUCUUCCGAGCGACGAUAAUCUAGCCACCAAAAUACCAAAUUUAUCUCCUCAACUGUCAUACACGGUGGAGAGCAGCACUCCUUUCUCGUCGAUAGCUCGCUACAAGGUCGAUCGAAAGAAGCAAAAUCAACAAAUUCAGCAACAGCUUCAAAAUCUUCAGCUCAGAAUUCAACAGCAGCAGCAGCAAAUCAAUACACAAUUGGGACAGGCUUUCCUUCAAGCUUCGAACCCCUUGUACCACCACCAGCAGCAGCAGCAGCAGCAGCAGCAGCAGCAGCAGCAGCAGCAACAGUCCGAUCUGAAAGGCUCGUUUCAAUUCAAUCAUUAUCGUCCAAUAAAUAACAACUAUCAAGCGCUCCCGCAAAUUCCAUUACAAAAUAUUCAAGGGGAUCUCUCUCCGUCGUCGCUUUUCAACGAUCAGCAAACUCAGCAGCUUCAGGAAUACUACGAGAAGCAACGCCAAUUGGAAAUUCUUCAGCGUCAGAGAGAACAGCUGCUUUUAGAGCAGCAAGAGUUACGUCGCCAGCAAGAGCUUUUGAGACUUCAACAAGAGCAGCUUAGGACGACGAUUUUACCGCUAACAACGCCGACGACGACAACGACGACGACGACUCACGGUCCAUCGACUCCAGCUCCUUCGGCCACUUCGACUACCACUCCGGCAACUGCUUUACUUUCAUCGCCGACCGCGAGAAGAAUCACACAAUCGGAAAAUGAUAUUUUUCUACGAGCCAUUGCCACUCAUCAAAAGAAAUAUACGACGACGCAAAAACCAAUUACCACGGCAUCAAAAACGCGCCAAGAAAGAAUUUACGAUUCACCGAAUGAGCAAUCGAUUCCAAAGGAUCUUUUAGCUCUUAUCCAAGCCCAGCAAAAUCAGGCCGUUCAGUCGGGAAAGCCAAAACCCCAGGUUAAAAUAAUUUAUCAAACUGAAAAGCCAGCGACAAGCAAGAGCAAAUCCUCAUCCUCGUCAAUCUCAUCGGACAAAGAUUUGCUUUUAAAGCAACUAAAAAUCGCACUUUCUCAAACUGGGGUCGAUGACAAAGAGAGGAACGUUACGACCCGCGAUAUUGUUUUACCUAAUGGCAAGAAAUUACAAGUCAUUCAUGCGCCAAAUGGUUUGCCCGCCAAUACCGGCUCAACCACGACAAUUAAGCCCCCCAAAGCUAUAUUUGAAGAGCUGACGAGAGGAGUGGUGCCACCGGGUGCUGAUUUUGAAGUUAUUCGUCAUAACAAAGAUGGAAAGCUCGAAGAUCUUGGUAAAAAUCCACUACAGAAUCAACCGGCUAAAAAGGUUACGUUCGUCGUGCUUGAAGAACAACCAGAUGGAAGUUACAAGGUGCAAGGUGUGAAGGGAAAUGCCGAAAGAGAUUCCGGCACGGACGUUGAGUCGAUUGUUGAGCGCAUCAAGAAAGGGGAACUGAAGCUUCCACCCAUCAGUACGAAGUAUUCCUCGUCUACUGCGCUGCCAGGUCGAGUCCAAUCAGCCGAUUCCUCCGAUAUUACCCUUAACACCUUACCAACGACCUUCCGGCCCACGAUCCCAACGACGCGCAUCCCCCAAGUCACCGUCUCACCCAAUUCCGUAGCCUCAACCGACAAGUACGUGACCUCGGCAUCCUCAAUCUCCGGUCACGUACUCAAUUCCAUUAGCACGACCGCUAAACCAUCCGCGAGUCACGUAACAGUCAAAUACCCCUCAUCGCAGUAUUCGACGCAGAGCAAUUCGGGAUACGAGAAUGAGAUCAUCUCCUCGACGACACCCUUGAGCUUCGAGCAUCCGAGCACGUACCUCGACUACAGCCCGAAGCCCGUAUCCUCGCCUCAACCAACUAGAGUAUCCACGUACUCUACACCCACGCAAACUAACGCCGCCGUUAGGGACAGUCUUUCGAGCUUACUAAGGCGCGAGGGACUUUUCGCGAUGGCCAAGUAUCUUCGACAGUCAGGCUUGGACUCUGUGCUCAAUGAAACGGGGCCCUACACAUUAUUCGUACCGACUGACAAAGCUUUCCGAACCUUGUUGGUGCAACUCGGUGGACCCGAGAAGGCUGAACAGAAAUUCCGUGACAAUCCACGACUCUUAAGCGGGCUCCUUCUGCACCACGUCGUCCCGGGAGCUUUCAGGAUUGAAAGUUUACAGGAUGAAAUGACGGGAGUGAGCCUCGCGGGGACUCAGCUACGCGUCAACGUUUAUUCGAUGCACGACCACGAGUGGAACGAUAUCAAGGUGACGACGGUUAACGGAGCGCGAGUGGCGCCUAACAAACGCGACGUAGAAAUCCCUCAAGGACUGGCACACGCCAUUGACCGGGUUAUGUUCCCCCUGCCAGUGGGCGACCUGGUGCAAACCCUGCAGGCGGACCGCGAGAGAAGAUUUUCCACCUUCCUGAAACUUCUUCGCGUCUCUGGAUUCGAGGAAACACUCUCUGGCACAAAGACGUUCACGGUGUUCGCGCCGACGGAUGCAGCGUUCGCCGAGGCCUCUACAAAGCAUAACGGUAUCCCCGUAUGGCAGGAGUCUGACGGCCCAGAGGCCGCUAAGGAGAUCGUCCUCAGGCACAUCAUUCCGACAACUCUCUACACCGCCGGAAUGAGGUAUUAUCACCAAAAGGAGACGCUGAGGCAACAGAUACCCAUCCAAAUACAGAAGACCGGCGGACGCAUCCGAGUAAACGAGGGACACAUCAUCACUUACAAUGUGCCAGCGACAAAUGGAGUUUUGCACGCCAUCGAUAUUGUAAUGUGAGAGGAGCAUCGACUGCCUAUUGGUUAUAGAGCUUUUUACAGAAACAUUUUUGUGAAAAAAAAAAAGUGUAAAAAAUACAAUGAAAAAACCUCUUAAUC